AUGACUAAGCUGAAGGCUAUGGUGAAUAAAGAUCUGGUUAAUGGGCUCCCAAAGUUGAAGAUUCAAGAUGAAGGAAAGCUUUGUGAAGGUUGUCAAUAUGGAAAAUCACAUAGACUUCCAUUUGACAAUUCUACUUCACGAUGCAAUGCUCCGUUGGAGAGGAUCCAUAGUGAUUUGAUGGGUCCGACGAGAACAUCCUCCUAUUCCGGGUUCCGCUACAUGCUGUUGUUCGUUGAUGAUUACUCACGGUACACCUGGGUAUACUUUGUGAAGGAAAAGUCAGAAGUAUUCUCCAAGUUUCAAGAAUUCAAGGUUACCGUGGAAGGAGAGUUGGGUCGGAAAAUCAAGACCUUAAGGACGGAUAAUGGAGGGGAGUUUAUGUCAAACGAGUUUCUCUCUUUCUGCCGAAAGCAUGGUAUCAAGAGAGAAUUUUCAUGUCCAUACACACCUCAACAAAAUGGAGUAGCAGAAAGGAAGAUAAGGCAUCUAAGUGAGACGUGUAGAAGCUGGCUACAUGCGAAGAAUUUGCCUAAGGCUCUAUGGGCAGAAGGGAUGAGAUGUGCAGCCUAUGUCAUCAAUCGGAUGCCGCUUAGUCCAAAUAAUAUGAAGUCUCCUUAUGAGAUGGUUCAUGGGAAGAAGCCAACAGUGAAACAUCUCAGGAUAUUUGGAUCUAUCUGCUAUGUCCAUGUGUUCGACUCUCAAAGAACCAAGCUGGAGGCAAAGGCGAAAAAGUGCAUCUUUGUCGGCUAUGAUGAACAAAGGAAGGGGUGGAGGUGUAUGGAUCCAGAGACACACAGAUACACUGUAUCUCGUGAUGUUGUCUUUGAUGAAGUGUCUUCAUAUUACGGAUCUCCUCAAGUCUUGGUUGAGCAAGAUGGUGCGGGCUCACUUAAAGACGAUGAACCAGCUGCUCAGAUACCAAGUGAUGGUGGAAUUUCUGAACCAGAGAUGCAAGGUGAAAGGGGGAGCACUAACCAAGAGGAAGAGGAGGAGGAAGAUCAUGGUUCCUUGGCUAAUCAACGACCAAAACGGGACAUCGUUAAACCUGCUCGGUACAGAGAUGAAAGGUUUGUUACUACUUACUCAUGCUACUUUGCAUCUCCUUUUGAUGAAGAAGAACCAUCAUCUUAUGAUGAAGCAAAAGGAGUUAAAGAGUGGGAGACCGCAAUGAAGGAGGAGAUGGAUGCUCUAAAGAAAAAUGAAACUUGGGAUUUGGUUCCAAAACCCAAGGAUGUCCAACCCGUCUCAUGCAAAUGGGUGUACCGGAUCAAGCGUAAGAGGGAUGGAAACAUUGAUAGACACAAAGCAAGAUUGGUUGCUCGGGGAUUUUCUCAGAAGUAUGGAGAAGACUAUGAUGAGACUUUCAGUCCAGUGGCGAAGAUGACUACGGUACGUACACUCUUAUCUUUAGCUGCAAGCUUUGGCUGGAAGUUAUGGCAGUUAGAUGUGAAGAACGCUUUUCUAUACGGAGAACUUGAUAAAGAAAUCUAUAUGGAGCAACCACUUGGUUACAUAUCACAAGAGCAUCCCGAUUAUGUUUGCAAGCUAAAGAAGGCUUUGUAUGGGUUAAAACAAGCUCCAAGGGCCUGGUAUGGAAAGCUUGCUCAGUUUCUUCAGUUUUGCGGUUACUCUCCGUCGAACUCUGAUCCGAGUCUGUUCUUCAAGAAGAAUGGAGGAGUCCACGUGGUAGUCCUUCUUUAUGUGGAUGACUUGAUAAUUACCGGGAAUGAUGAAGCGGAAAUUGCUCGUCUGCAAGAGGAUAUGUCGAUAAGGUUUGAGAUGAAGAUGUUGGGUGAGCUGAACAACUUUCUUGGUUUGGAGGUUGAAAGGAUGAAGGAUGGAAUAUUCAUCGGCCAACAUAGCUACGCAAGAAGGAUUGUAGAGAAGUUCGGGGUACACGAAGGAAAGACACGUACUACUCCGAUGGAUGCGAACAUCAAGCUGAAGCGCGAUGAAGGAUCCUUGCUACCCGAUCCUCGGCCUUAUCGUUCUCUUGUGGGAAGUCUUCUAUACUUAACCAUUACAAGACCUGACAUUUCCUUCGCGGUUGGUCUUGUAAGUCGGUUUAUGCAGUCACCAAGGAAGCCACAUCUAGAAGCGGCAAAGAAGAUCUUGAAGUAUGUGAAGACAACUCUUGGCAUGGGUCUAAUGUACAAGUACAAUGCCAAGGUCUCUCUCUAUGGCUUCACGGAUGCUGACUUUGGUGGAGAUCUAGAUGGUCGAAAAUCAACUUCGGGCUUUGUGUUCUUGUGUGGAGACACAAGCGUUUCAUGGUGCAGCAAGAAACAAGCAACGGUGUCGCUGUCUACCACUGAAGCGGAGUAUAAAGCUUCGACGCUCGCAGCCCAAGAGUGUAUUUGGCUUCGAAGGCUUCUUGAAGAUUUGUUUGAGCCAAUCAACAAGCCGGUUGCCAUAUAUGGAGAUAACCAAAGUGCUAUCAAGCUGGCUAACAAUCCGGUGUUCCAUGCAAGGACGAAGCAUAUUGAGUUGGAACAUCACUUCAUACGGGAGAAGGUGCUUGAUGGAACAAUUGAAGCUUUGGAGGUUCGAAGUGAGGAUAAUGUUGCAGAUAUCUUCACCAAGUCACUACCAAAAGGUCAGUUCGAGUUACUUCGCUCGAAACUCGGGAUGGUUGAUAAAAUCAAGUUUAAGGGGGAGUAUUGA